CACGCGCUGUUUUUCAGGUGAACGUGCGCAACCUUCACGCACAGGUUUCUGCAUUAAAGAGACGCGACGGUGGAUAUUUUAUCACAGUGUAGACCUCCAACUGAUAUACACAAGUUAUUUUUGGCUUUAUUGUGAAGUUUUAAUACGGAAAGCACCUGCUAUAAAAAAAAGGGAGCGUGAAAAGACUUCUGAAAAAAUGCUGAUUGGUUGGUGGCCAUUCCUGGGUGGUCACUAGGACGCAGAUGUUUGUCAGGGCUAACAUGGAACAAGAGGGCUCGUUUAGGAGGGGUCUACACAGCAAGCUGAGGUCGGGCAGCAGCUCGUCGUCCAGUCUGACUGACCUCUCACAGACAAAAACCCAACCAGGAGGUGGGGAGAAAGGAGGAACUGCUGGGGGUCUGGCAAAGGAGUGCAGCAGGGAUCAAGUGAUGCAGCAGAGGACAGCAGGGACCAAUGCCACCUGGAACAGCAUCCAAAACGCUGUGAUCUCAGUUUUUCAGAGGAAGAAUCUGGGAGAAAAUGAACUCUACACUCUGAAUGAAAGUGUCAGGCAGCUGCUGAAAACAGAGCUUGGCUCCUUCGUUACUGAGUACCUUCAGAACCAGCUGCUCACUAAAGGCAUGGUCAUACUGAGAGAUAAGAUCCGCUUCUAUGAAGGUCAGAAAUUGUUGGAUUCUCUGGCUGACACAUGGGACUUCUUCUUCUGUGAUGUUCUGUCCAUGCUGCAGGCCAUCUUCUAUCCUGUACAGGGCAAGGAGCCAUCAGUGCGCCAGUUGGCUUUGCUUUACUUCAGGAACAUCAUCGCCCUCAACCUGAAACUGGACGAGGCUUUGUCUCGACCUCGAGCCAGAGUUCCUCCUUCUAUCAUACAGAUGCUGCUAAUACUACAGGGUGUCCAUGAAUCCAAAGGUGUAACAAGUGACUACCUGCGUCUGGAGUCUCUCAUCCAGAAGGUGGUUUCUCCCUACCUUGGCACUCAUGGCUUAUAUUCCAGAGAUGAAUCCUCCAACUCACACUGCUCCUCCUGCCUAUUAGAAAAGCGUUUGCAGCACUCCUGGCCCUCCAAACCAGGCGCCAAGAACCCAGUGGUGCAUUCUAAGAGCUACAAUGUUUCCAUGCUGACCCCCGUGGUGGAGUAUGACAUAGACCUCUUCACAGGAGCUGGCACAGGAAUCCGACGACACUCUGUGUCUGAGAUGACUUCCUGCGCGGAGAGCAGCCCUGUGGCUGAAUCCACCCUGAUGCCACCAGUAACACCAGCACAUCCAGCCUCACCAACCACUCCCCAGCUUCCACAGCCUCUGGUGCACUUUCAGACACUGUUACCUCCUGCCAGGACCCACAACCCAGAGAAACUGACAGUCCCACAGGUCCCCACCCUCUCCAACCGGAGCAUCCCUCCCCCUCCCUCCUCCCACAGUCCUCAUCAGGCAGGACACACAAAGCACGGGCUCGAUUGUGUCGGACUCCCCCUUGCCUUCCACAGUUCUAGCUCAAGACAUGAACUCCAGUGCCAGUCCAGCGUCUAGUCCAGAGAUCGUGACGGACCACAUCCUAGAGUCUUUGGAGUCAGAGCUGGAGCAUGACGUCAUCUUUCUGCACUUCUCGCGACGCUGUUCUGGACGGUCAACGCAGAGACAGCAGCAGGCAAAGUGUGGCAGACUCACAUUUAUUUAAUACAUUAAAUUUAAGACAUAACACAAGACAUUUAUUUAAGACAUAAUUAGUGUAAAAUAGACAAAAGUGGCUGAGUCAUAGGUAUUUUCUAUCAAAGAUGAUAUGUCUCUAUUUUCAGUGGUGGUAACACAUUCCAGGGGCAGGUGCUCAUGCUGAAAACUUUUGUACCAUUGUCAAACAUUUAACAUUUGAAUUGUAAAACCACCUCUCCAGUUUAAUACAUCAACAUAUUUUAUUACGUGAUUAUUAAAAUAUUACGUUGCACUCUGUCUAAAAUUUGAAGUCUAAACCUGUUGGUAUACAAAGUGCUUCUGGACAUCGUUCUGGUGUCUCUUUAUUUUAAUGCUUUUAGGUGUCCUCGACAUAAGAUCAGUGGCAAAUUUAAGUCCCAUUGUUUUCUGCUGCUCUGAUGUCUGAGAAAAAAGCCUGGUAGCAUCACAGUGAUGCCAGCCACCCUUCUUCUAAUCAUUGUUUUGGUCUUAUUUCUCCUGUUUUCAAACCCGACUUCUUCCUUACACUCACUGUCAAACCAGAAUCUUCACUGAAACUUCAACUCCUCUAGAAUGUAUGAGCUGGUGAUUCACUCAGUUUCCUUUCAGUUAAGCAGAUAUUGGGGACCUUUUGUUAAUCUUUAUCCUUAGUAAAAAUUAAUUGGACCUGGUUAUAUUAAUAAAGGUCACUGUGGUGACCAGAGGACAAUUUUAAUCAGGUUAUUUUGAUGUUCAUUUUUAAAAAUAUUUUCAGAUGUUAAUCUUUUUUCACAAGAACCUCUGGAGGUUUUCCCACUGCUGAUUCCUAAACUACAAGACUAAAAGACUUCUGAUCUCCGCAGUUUUUGCGGUGCAUUGGUUCCCAGUUAAAAUUUGAGACAGCCACAUGUAAAAACUGUCAUGCACAUACAGUAUGGUCUCCUUAAGUCUUUAGUCAUUUCCCUCUACUUUUGUUAAGAUGCUGUGAUGCCAGUUCACUGAAGUCUGUUCUCUUUAUGUGGUUUGCUUCUGUUUUGUU